ACGGUGGUUUUGUUUGAUAGCAUGGCAGUUGAGCAGGACCCAGAAGCUUUUGGAGUAAAAAAGGAUGGGAUGCUGUGCACUACAGCUGCCUGUUUCUUUCAGCAGAUGUGAAAGCUGGUAAUUGGGCUAUAUUUUGAACUGAGCAUGGGCUGAAGGACAAGGGACAUCCACUCCAUUCAUUCCCAAGAGCUGUGCAAAUAGCCACAGAGUUAAUGUCUGGAGGUCUCCCCCUUUCGUUGGAAACACAGAGUUUGUGGCAGAGAAGUUUGUUUCUCGUUCUGGGCUGUUUCCCUGUGCGGUUGACUAAAGGCAAAAGUACCCAAGGCUCUGGGUGACACACAAGAAUGGCCACAUGCACAAUAGUUGAUUUCACCCUUGCAGAAAGGGUGGUCACCACAGAGCAGUUGGAAAUGGAUGACCAUUCUGCCACUAUUGCAGCUGCCGCUCACCACAGAAGGUUUCUGUUCGAGCUCAAGAUGGAUGAUAUUAUGGUGAACCUGAAGACCUUUCAGCCCGACUAUGGAGCAGGGAUACAUGAGCCCCUGAUGAGCCUAAGAUGUCGUGCCAAAGGACAGACAGUGACUGCCUGUGCCCACGCAUUCUUCUUCUGCAGACUGCUCCAAGCCACCAGGCAGAAAAGAGAGGGGGGCAGCCAAGGCCUGAAGCUUGGGAUUAUUGGUGGAGGCCAUAUUGGGAAACAGCUGGCCAGGACAAUGUUGCAUCUGGGUGGCAUGUCAGGAAAGAGCAUCCAGAUAUCUACAAGGCGUCCAGAAACUCUGGGAGAAUUUGAGGCACUGGGAGUUACCUGCUUUUAUGACAACAGGAAGCUGGUGGGCUGGGCAGAUGCUGUAUUUCUCUGCUGUCUUCCGUCUCACCUCCCACACAUUUGUGCAGAAAUCCAGGAUGUUCUUACAAAAUGUUGCAUUGUCUACAGCCUGGUCACAGCUAUCCCUCUGCCCAGGCUGAAACAACUUCUUUCCUCCAAUAACAUCUUGAGGCCACAGUACAAGUUUGUGGAGAGUGGACUUUUUCAGAUGUGGGAGGCCAGCAGGACAGUUGUGGAAGCCCUCAAAGACCCAGCUGUUAUCCAAGCCACAUGUCCCUGUAACCCUAAUGCGGAAAUUGUUGUCAAUACAAAGUGGCUGGCAGCAGUUUUCUAUGCAGCUCUAAACAGCUACACAUGGCAGCGUGUAACCUACAUGAGAGCCCUGCUCUUCCUCAAUGAAGCGUGUUUUCCUGCAAAAGCUAGUACCACCUCAUUAGAUAAUAGAUUGGAAUCGCCAGAGCUAGUUUGUGAAAACUUCAUCAACCAAGCCUUCGCUUCCACCCUGCAAUGUAAUAAUACUUUCCCAUGGUUUGACCUGACAGCUGUACAGCAAAGGGACUCACCUUUUAGCCAGUUUCUUGAAUCAACUACAUCUUUCCAGAAAGUUGCUUUAUUAUAUCGUAACUUGAUUGCUGUAUUAUCCACAAACACUGAAGACUCCAUGAGCGCUGUCUCUAAGAAGACAUCUCUUUCAGCUGUGCUACUGAACCCCUCCAAGACUUUGAUUCAUGGCCUAGAUGGGACUUUCAUAAGCAAAGUAGAAGAGGGAUCUAGUUCUGAUUCUGAAGAGACAUAAAAUAACUAUGGUGUGAUUCCAAUUAAGAAGAAGUAGGAAAGGUAUUGCUUUUAAUAUCAGUACUAAAAACUAUGUAAGUAUUAAGUAACUACUACCCUUUCUAACCACGUACAUUUCAGGAAUCCAAAUAGUGAUUUGUAAUGAAAAAAUAUAUCAGUGGGGGGGUUUUGAUAUUUAGCAAUGGAAAGUUUGUAACAGAGGCUAAGCAGGGAAGAAUUACUACAAACUGAAUCUCAGAAAUGACAUGUUUUUAAAAUGUUUAGAUCCUAUCAUACUAUUCUAUGCUAUGGUAUGGUAAAAUAAAGUGAAAAGAAACACUAAUAUAAUUAUUAGCCAUUUGUUCUUUUACCUCUCAUGUAGCUAAACCUGUACUCCUUCAUCUGCCACUGUUUUUCUCUAAACCUCAUAGCUGAACACAAGUGAUUUAAAUAAAUAACAUAUGCAAUGUUGCAAUACAAUGGUGAUGAACAGCUGCCUCAGUUCAGGAUAAAUGGAAAACAGGAACAUCACUUCUUAGCUGAAGCUAAGCAUGAUCACUUGAAAAUAUAUUCAACGAAAAACUGUGGAACACAACUUCUAAGCAAUCCAAUGAACACAGUCUCCAUUGCUUCAUGAAUAAAAUUUUGUGUGAACGCGGCCUAUGAAGCAAAAUCCAUAUUUUAUGAACUCAAGGAUGAAUACAAAAAUCUGUGGCAUAAAAUGUAAAUAUCCAAAA